AUGAGAAUGAUUUAUUGUUUAAUUAUCAUGUUAUUUGUAUGUUUUGGAGAAGGUAAAAGUCUCUCUAGACAAUCUAAGAGAUUUGCAAAUAAAGUUGCAGAUGAAAUUAUUGGAGUAAAAGUUAAUAUUAAUUAUGUUCCAAAACAAAAAACACGCCUUUUUAACUUUGAAAGUUGCAAGAAUUCUACUGCAGCACAAUGCUUCCUCUGUAAACAAAAAGUAGUUGAAGAUGAGGAUUAUUGUGAUAACCCAAUUAUUCCAGAACAAAAAUGCAUGUGUCUUGCAGCACAUCAUCAAUGGAGAACAAUGUAUGAAAAUGUCGAUGAUAAAUUACAAACUGUUGAAGAAGCCUGUGCUUUUGUGUGUGAUAUUAAACAACCAAAAGAAACUGUUAAAGCAAAUGAAACAUUAAUUCAAACUAAUUACCAAAAUGGUACAACUAAAACUGAAACAAUUAAACAAACAACUGCUAAUGGUGCAUCUAGUAUUGUUGUUAUGAUUUGUCUUGCUCUUCUUGUCUUCAUUUACUAA